AUGUCUCCGAUCGUCAUCCUCUACCUCCUCGCGCCAGACCUCGGCCUCAGCGGCACCUACUCAGGCAGGAACCCCGUCAACGGGCCCACUCACAUUCAUUCGCGCUGCCGGCCGGGAGGUUUCUCAGCCAAGGUAUACAUCCGCCUGGCGCACCCAGGACCCGGCGUUGUUAAGCGCGUCACGUUCACCGAGCAGGCUAUCACCUCCAAAACAGAGCUCAAGAAGGCCCUUGGCUUAGCAGGACAGGAGGCACGCCUUGCUGGCGAUGGCGCCAACCCCCUGAAGUGUGCCCUCCUACCAGCACUGUUGACUUCCAGCACGUACGAGUCAAGGAAAGACGUUGGCUUUGCUGAUCGCUCGCGCGACUUUGGCGGCCCAAAACUCUGUGAAAACAUCGUGCAGCUAGUGGUGUCUGGGCCCGACCAGCCGGACCUCUCGAUCGUUGACCUGCCUGGCCUGGUAACAGGCGAGGGCGAAGGCAUCUCACGGAACCUUGCCAACACAUAUGUUAAGAAGCCCGACAGCCUCGUCCUUCUCUGCCUUGCCGCGGGCGGGCGUGAUCCUGCAACCGACACGACUGAGGUCGGGAUCGUUCUCAAUCACGACAAGGACCUUAAGCGUUGCAUGAACAACAUCGGUGACCCCACCGAGUCUGCCUGGGGCGACAUGAUUGUAGGGACAGACGGGAGCUUCGCGCUGUCGCCUGCCCAUGGUGUGCACCCUGUCCGCUGCCGCACAGCGGAAGAAUACCGCCAGGGCAUCAGCGGACAAGAGGUCAUCGCACGCGGCGACGCGCUUUUCGCCCAGGAGCCGUGGCGUGAGCUGGCGGCCCAGGCUGGUCGCAAAUUCGGCUGGGUCGAGACUAGCCGCCUCUUGUCCUGCGCGUACAAGAAGCUCGUGAAGAACAACGUUCCUAAACUUCGCCGCCGCCUUCAGGAGAGCACCACUCUGGUCAGCGUUGAGGAAGCCGCGUUACCACCAGCCGUCGAUCAUCCUGUCGAUGACUUGCAUACUACUAUCGAGCGCAUUGCCAAGGCACUGGGGGAGCAAACGACCGAGGAUGGAUAUGUGACCCAACACUUCCUCGAUCUUCAGGUUGAGUUCGAGCGCGAGCUUGUCAAUUCGGUUGCCUCUUUCAUUCCUGUCCUCGAAAAGGACACCCCGCCGACCCCGGAAGGUGGAGUCCCAGAAGGUGAAGUAGGCGGUCGACCCAUUUACCUGGACGAGUUUCAAAAGCUGUUCGCAAAACAUCGCAACGCCCGCUCCAGUGUGGUGCUGCACGCCGCACGCGCCGCUCUCAUCCGUGGCGUCGUCUCACGAUGGGGUAGUCGGUGCCAUACAUACAACAAGGCGUACUGGGCCGCACUGGACGAGCUCAUCGAGAACGUUGUGGCUGAAGAGUGUGAAGGCAGGGAGGAGAUCGCCACGAUUGUCUGCCAUGCCCUGCACAACCUCUCCCUCCCGCUACAGGAUGAGAUUACCAAAUUCAUCGACGGUCGCAUCGUCGCUGAACAGUCCCGUCGUGAACACGUCGACACGAACGAUGCGACGCCUAAGGAUGAGCUGGCGCGGGCUUAUGAUCAGUACCUACAACAGUUUGUAGCGGCCUACCCGCCAGAAGCGCCCCACGUCCUCGACGGUCUCCAGGUCGACCGGGCAUACUUCCCUCCCCCUAACAUGCCACCUAACCAAUGGAACGAGAGGUACGUCACGACUGUCGUCCACUUCAUGGCUGUGGUGCAGUGGCAUCUGCAGAAGUCGAUCGAGCGGAUCGCGAACACUGUAGGGCGCGAACUGCCAGUCGUCGUCAUGAACAAGUUUCACCCGCGGGUGACGGCGACUCUGCGCGAGGCUCUUCGUCUCAACAUUGUCCGGGACGAUGUGCGCAAGCGGGUCAUCAACCUCUGUGAGCCCGACGAAGAGAUCGUCGCUCGACGUGAAGCCGUCAAGAAGCGUCGCACGGCGCUCCAGGAGCUCCAGAGCGUGCUCGACUCGUCUCAUGUGUAG